ACUUCUAAGAACUAAAGAGCACAUACUCCAAACGCUCACAUUCUUAGUUUUAAUUUUAAGGAUUACAUAAGAGAACACCUGCAGGCCACUCCCUUGGGUCCUGUCACUGGUGACCACAGAGAAGAGCUCAGUGCCUGCCCCUUCUCUUGCCCUCAAGAAGAAGCUGUGAACCACCAUGAGGCCUCCCCUCAGUGUCCCCUUCUGCAGGCUGAGCAUUGGAUGCACAUGUUGUAAGGGGGACGGUCCAAAGUUUCACGUGCCUCACGACCGUUGUAAGGACAGACACCAAAGGACCCCCCAGCACAGGAGUUCUGGCCCGGACUGAGGUGGGAUGUGUGCCAGGUCCCAGCCGCAGGUAUGACCAUGAACUGGUACGUGUGAAACAAUGGGACUUCACGGUGGGCUGACCGCGCUCCCUGCCGGACUGGUCUGCCCUGUGCCUUUGCUGUACCCAUCGUGCCUGUACCUGCUCCCUCAACGGACCCCGGGUUUCUCCCCACCUCUUGGCCAGCUGCCUGUCGCUUUGAAAAGGACUAGAAGAAGCCCCCACAACUUUACCGACUCUGAAAUCUCCGCAUGGUGAAGACAACGGAUCCAUUGGCAGACGCCACACCACGAGGACGUCGCUCUGCCGUUGCUACCGAAUUGGCAAAACUGAAAAAGGAAUUUAGUCGACUUCCACAAGAAUCAGAGACAGAACAUGUCUUCCAAGUGUCUCUCACCAGAGGAGAUCAAAUUAAAUUGACAGAACAAGAAGCCAGUAAGUAUUGGGAACAGGGGGUUUUCUUAACAAUGGGAGACAAAGAUAACCCAAGGUCCCUGACUCAAUGCGUAGCUCACUGGGCAGGGGGGCUUAACCCCUUGGAAAGAGACCAUUUAGCUUUAGUUGGUACCCCCAAACAGCCCCUGGAAAACACUCACAAAGCUGCCUGCUUGCAAAUGAUACAUGAUGGACCACAAAUGCAAUUGCCGGUAAAGCCUGAAAUUAUGACUCCUUUAAUUCGAGGCUUGCCGGAGACCCUGAAACCCACCCUGAUUCUUUUACAAAAAACUAGAGCAACAAACAGCCCACUUGAUAGGUUAGACUGGUUCCUCAAUAACCUAAGUGAUCAACAUGGUCCCUCUGAUCCUGAUAAUACUCCCUUUUCAACCCCCUCUCAACUGCCAGAUUCACAAGUGCGCUCUCCUGCGAGUGACCGUAAGGUCUGGACAUGGAGCGAAGUCGCAGCAGAGUUGAUCAAUUAUAACAGAAAGUAUGGAUCUGUAAAUACCUCAGCAGAAAAACCCAAAACCCCUAAAAAUCUUAGACACAUUGUUUCUCCGGGACACAAAUCAGAGAAAACCAAAGGUGUCAAACACAUCAUUGCUCCUAACAUUACUGCUCCUAAAGACAACACUGAGAAGGGAAAAUUAAUUUCCAAUCGCCAAUAUUGGUGGUCUUUAGGGCUGAGGAAGGGGGUACCCAAAGAAAUAAUGGAUGGCUUGCCAAUUAAUAAAUUAAGUAAAAUUGUGACUAACUGGCAUGUUUCUAAACCCAUUGUAUCACAUUCUCCUGCUGUUAAACUCACUCAACCCACUGCACCCCCUCCACAGGUUUUGGGCAGCCAGCCAGAACAAUCCCUUCCACCAGUUCUGGGUGCUGAGCCAAAACUGGGUGCUGAGCCAAAACAACUCCCGCUUUCAGAUACUCCCGCUGUGCACCCCAUGGAGUCCAAACAGUUAAACUAGACCCUCCGUCUCUCAGGGGGUGAGGGAUGGAGAUUGGGUGUAUUUGAGAAUGCUGACACAUGAUAAAAUAACUGGAGAUUUAUGGAUUACUGCAAUUGUUGGCCCCUAAAAGUGUAUUUGUUACUUCUUUAGUUGGUACUGGAGCACAAAUAUCUGCAUUAACAAUCACAGAUGCCCAGAAAUGUGGCAAUGAGGAAACAAUAUUGUGUUUUAAAUGCUUUAGGUACCUCUGGUGUUAUGCAUGUAGCUUUGAUUAAACUUUUGCUGCCUGAAGAAGAGAAUUUAUUGACUAUCAAAAUGGUAGUUGGAGAUAUCAGAGAUAGCUUAAUGGGGAUGGAUGUUUUAGCAGGCAGACAGUGGACAGAUUCAGAAGGCUGUUUAUGGUCUUUAGGCAUACCCCAGCUUGAUAUCAGGUUAUUACAAGCUGCACCAUCACUCCCCUUCAGUAAAAUUACCAAUGUGAAACAAUACCCUCUUCCUUCUGGAGCUAAAGAGGGCAUCAAACUUGUUAUACAGGAUUUUCGAGAUCAAGGGGUAAUACUAAACACACAUUCUCCUUUUAACUCUCUUGUCUGGCCAGUUCAAAAGCCUAAUGAUAAGUGGAGAUUGACAGUAGAUUAUUGCAGGCUAAAUGCCACACAAAUCCACUCACUGCAGCUGUGCCAAAUUUAGCUGAAUUAAUAACAUCGAUUCAAGAAAAGGCUCACACCAUCAUGGCAACUAUAGAUGUUAAAGACAUGUUUUUUAUGAUACCUAUACAGCCAGAGGACAUGGUCAGUUUUGCUUUCGUGUGGGAAGGACAGCAACAUACCUUCACUAGACUCCCCCACGGAUACUGACACUCUCCCACUCUGGCCCACCAUGCUUUGGCUAGAGAAUUAGAACUAAUUCCUACAGCUGACAAUGUAACUGUGUAUCAAUACACUGAUGAUAUUCUGGUGGGGGGAGAUGAAGUAGAGGUAGUGGGGGAUACCCAACAGAAAAUGAUUUCCCACUUGGAAAGCCUUGACUUACAAAUUCCCUCAGAGGAAAUUCAGAAACCUUCACAGGAAGUGAAGUUUCUGGGAAUUUGGUGGAAAGGAGGUAUGAUGUAUUCCCCCUGAUACCCUAACUUCCUUAGAUCAAAUUCAAAUGCCAGAAUCCACGAAAGAUCUCCAGCAAGCUUUAAGAUUGUUAGUGUUUUGGAGAAAACACAUUCCAGACUUUUCUAUCAUUGCUAGACCUCUUUAUGAUUUGCUGAGGAAAGGGGUGAAUUGGGAUUGGACCCUGUCUCAGGAAAAAGCAUUGCAAUUGUUGAUUUUUUGAAGCAACAUCCCACCAAGCCCUUGUCCCUAUUCAUCCUACAGAUCCUUUUCUAGUAGAGUGGGGAUUUGCCUCCUCUGGAUUGUCAGUGCACAUUUGGCAACAAGGGCCAGAAGGCCCCACCAGGCCUGUUGAUUUUUAUUCUCGUGGUUUCAAAGAUGCUGAAAAGAGAAGUUUGUGGUUUGCUUAGCUCUCGUUGAAGGGGGAAAAAUAACACGGCAACAACCCAUUGUUUUGAGAGACCCUUUCAAAGUUAUUAAGAUUUUCACCACUGGGGCUGCUGCCCCUGACGGGGUGGCCCAGAGGGCUUCAGUGAGGAAAUGGUAUGCUCAAAUGGAACAUUAUUGCAACACAUUUAAGAUAACUGAAGGUGCUGUUAAAAACUUAGCCCUUCAAGAAACUGAGAGCUUGGGUAAUAGCCAUGACAAAUCUGUUUCUGUGAUCAAGGUAGCCCCUCCUUUUUUCCCUGAACAAUCAGAAAAUUCAUGGUUCACUGAUGCUUCUGUGAGGGGAGAGGGGAAGGUAUAGAGAUACAGAGCCGUGGCCCUACACAAUUCCUCUGGUGAACAAAUCAUUACAGAGGGAGAGGGCAGUGCACAGGUGGGCGAGCUCACAGCUGUUUGGAGUGUUUUCCAACACAGAAUACUUCUCUUGUCUGUAUCCAUACCGAUUCCUAUGCUGUGUGCAAAGGAUGUACAGAGUGGCUCCCUUUUUGGCAACAGAAUGAUUGGGAGGUUAACAGAAUCACAGUCUGGCAAAAGGAAAAAUGGCAAGAGAGUCUAAACAUUGCUAGCCAGGGAAAUUUUGCCUUGGCGUGGGUUGCCUCUCAUCAGACAGAUGGAAAUUACGCAGAUGGAAAUUACGCGGAACAAUAGAGCAGAUGAGUUAGCCAGACUGAAUCCCCUGAAAAAGGAACAGAUUACAUAGGACUGGAAUCACCUAUUAUAAUGGCUGCAUGUUAAAGGAAAGCACACAGGUGCAAAAGAUUUAUACAGAGAAGCUCACGCCUGUGGCUGCCCAGGUACCAGAGAAAUGUGUAAAUCAUGCAUUUCAGUCUGUGAGUAAUGCCCCAAACGGCUUGAAAGACACCCUUUGGAGGAUGACCCUUUGCAUCUAAGAGAAAAUAAAGAUUUACGGGAUGCGUGGCAGGUAGAUUGUAUUGGCCCCUUUAAGAAGUCAGGAGGUAAACAUUUGGUUUUGGUAGGAGUAGAGAUUGUGUCUGGGUUGGUACAGGCACAGGCUUUUAAACGAGCUACAGGAGAAAAUACUGUUAAAGCAUUGCAGGAAUGGUUUGGAACUUUCCCCAAACCACAAGAAAUUCAAUCUGAUAAUGGGUCCCAUUUCACUGUUAAAGUUGUACAGGAUUGGGCAAAAGGUGACGGAAUAAAAUGGACUUUUCACACCUCUUAUUACCCCCAAGCUAAUGUUAUUGUAGAAAGAACUAAGUCUCCUGAAACAAUUCCUUAAACCUCAGGAUGGAGGUUGGGAUCUUCAGCUGUGGGAGGCUUUGAAAGCUGUGAAUGACAGAUGGGGUGUAAACAGGUGUCCCAAAAUCACUGCUUUUUGCCCAACAACUCCAAGCAUAAAUACACACUGGAUAAUUCCUUCAUACUAACUUUUCUGCCUUUUGGUGGCAGACUCUGUUGUGUUUACUUUUCACAGGAGAACUCCGAGGGACAUAAAGACCACAUAAAGCCAUGAUAAAACUGGCAAUAUUUUAAACAUUAUUGAUGCUGUGGGAACAAAAUUGGAAAUCUUAAAUAGUAUUGAUUUGGAAGUUCUAAUGAGCAAAUUGGCUGCCUCAGCUAGAGUUUUGACCAAACUGCAACACCCAUCAGUGGCUGUUAUCAAACAUUACCAAACUGGGAAAAGAUAAAUGUGAAUGACCACAAUUUGAUAAUUGUCACAAAACAACGUUCCUUUGGCUCUCAGCUGUAUCCAGGCUCAGUUGUUGCCUCAAAUAUAAGAGAAGGUGAAGAAGGCACUUUCCCUCAUGAAAUUCAGAAAAUAAUUUGGAAUAGUGCCACUGAUUUUGAAAAGGAUUUUUAAUUCUGGUGGAACUUAGUGAAUUUUACUUAUAAUUCCAUUAUAAAAACAUAGCCACAGCCUUUGUAUUAAUUAUAUGUAAUGCUUUAGUAUAUUUGAUAUUCCCUAUUAUUGUUUUAAGAUUGAAUCAUGAUGGAGCUAUUCUCUAUCCUUUCGAGCAUAGCGAAUGGGCCCGUCAAAUUGAUGAGAAAUGGCAAACUGUUAAUUUGGAAACUUGCAUUGUCCAAGAACAACAAGGGUUCAUCUGUGAAGGUAAUGCAAUUAGAGCUCAGGACAUUUGCCUAGAUACAGAAAAAAAUGUUUGUCAUUUUGAAGUUUGUUUUAAUGAAACUUUCGAAACAGUGCUUGUAUAUAUAGGCCAUGGUUGUGUAUAAGAACUGCUUGUGAUGCUUUGUUUGUAGAAGGUGUAGUGACAGAUGUUAAAAAUCACUCAAAUUUUUGUUUUUGUAAUUUUAGCAAAAUUGUGGGAUGUCAAUUUUCCUAUGUAGCUCCAGUUACUUCUUACUACCUUUUACCAAUUAUUACCAUUUACCAUUACCUUUAGUCCAAUUAUACACUCAUUCACAAGCUCUUCCCUUCCCCUGUUGGGAUGAACCUUACUUUAAUAAAGCAAUUAUUGCUUCACCAGGACUUGAUCAAAAUUUUAGACAUAAUCAAGGAAGGUGGACAGAGAACUUUGGUAACAGUUUAUCACAGCAUAGAAAAAACACCAUGUUUUGGAGAGAGUCAAAAAAGAUGCUGAACACAAAUGGUGGGAUACCCUUUUUGGAUGGUCACUGGUGUUUUGAACAAAUUGUGUCACCCCAUUAUUGUUCUUUUAAUUUUGGUUUUGAUUGGUUUUGUUUUAUCAGCAAUUUUAUAUAUCAUGAAUUGGAAAAUAAUGAAACAGGUAGAACAAUUGGUUUUGAUAAUGGAUGCACACAAUUUGGUCAAUAACUCUUUUACCAUAGAUACCCCCAAGGUUAUUGGCGCAAGGAGAACUACACCAACAGUAAAAUAAAGAUUUUUGAUGUCUAUUUUAAAUUGAUUGCCAUAUUUUUGAUUUUUUGUGAUUUGUUUUGUUUGAAUAAAUUGUUUUAUUGUGAUUAUUACUGAUUGAAAUUGUUUAACUGUAUUAUUAAUUGAAAUAGUUUGAUUUUUUUAAUGACUAAUUGAAUAUGAAUUUAAUUGGAAAAAAUUAAACAUUUGCUUUGUUUCCUUUUUCUUUUCCCUUUUUUCUUUUUCCUACUUUUCUUUAUCCCUUUCCUAUACCGUACUCUGUUUUCCUGUUUUCCUGGGGUAUGCUACUGACGGCUUGAUGAGUCCUGAAGACUUCACCACAACGCUACUGAAUCGUGCUGAGUUCUCUGGAUGACAGUCAUGAGUCUUGGGGUGGUGUAAGGGACGGUCCAAAGUUUCACGUGCCUCACGACCGUUGUAAGGACAGACACCAAAGGACCCCCCAGCACAGGAGUUCUGGCCCGGACUGAGGUGGGAUGUGUGCCAGGUCCCAGCCGCAGGUAUGACCAUGAACUGGUACGUGUGAAACAAUGGGACUUCACGGUGGGCUGACCGCGCUCCCUGCCGGACUGGUCUGCCCUGUGCCUUUGCUGUACCCAUCGUGCCUGUACCUGCUCCCUCAACGGACCCCGGGUUUCUCCCCACCUCUUGGCCAGCUGCCUGUCGCUUUGAAAAGGACUAGAAGAAGCCCCCACAACUUUACCGACUCUGAGAUCUCCCCACGGUGAAGACAACGGAUCCAUUGGCAGACGCCACACCACGAGGACGUCGCUCUGCCGUUGGUAGCUAUAUCCCCCUGCCCCCCUUUCCUCGCUCUGUAUCCUGUUUUUCCUUUCUCAUUCCCUCUAUCGCAAGUGUUGUUGGCACUCAAUAAAGGUGCAUUUGUUGUGUGAUUAAA